AUGGCCGGGGCCAAGUGGCCUUCAAUCACCCCCAUUUCUCGAGCCACUACGUCUGAAUUCCCUCCCACCCCGAGAGAAGUCGCCGACAAGAUGGGGCAGUUCGACUGGUUCGGCAGCAUCGGCGCGACGCCAGAGGCAGUUGCAGUCCUCAACGACCAGCCCAUUCUCUUCACUAUCCUCCUCAUUGUCCUCGUCGCCGUCAUCCUGCAGUGUGUGCUACUAUGGUACAUCCAUUACGCUACCAUGAAGCCGGAACAAAAGAAAGCCAAGAAAGACAAGAAGAAGCCCGAGAAGAAGUAA